CUAGAAAUGUUUUAACUGGUUGUACUGGAAUGGUUCUCAGUAGUAUGGUUUUUACUGGUUGUACUGGAAUGGUUCUAACUAGUAUGUUUUUUCCUGGUUGUACUGGAAUGGUUCCUACUAGUAUGGUUUUUACUGGUUGUACUGGGAUGAUCCCACCCGUACACAUCUGAUAACUGGUUUCCAUGGUCCCAGGUGAAAUGGGCUGUCUGGGAGGAAAGACAGAGGAAGAACGUCUGGAUGAAAAAGCCAAACGAGAAGCGAAUAAGAAGAUCGAGAGGCAGCUGCAGAAGGAGCGACAGGCGUACAAGGCCACACACAGACUCUUACUACUGGGAGCAGGAGAAUCAGGUAAAAGUACGAUCGUGAAGCAGAUGAGGAUUCUUCACGUCGACGGUUUUAAUGCUGAGGAGAAGCAGCAGAAAAUUCAAGACAUCAGGAAGAAUGUGAAGGAUGCUAUUGUGACCAUCGUGUCCGCCAUGAGUAUGCUGACUCCACCCAUUCCUCUGGGUAACCCUGGCAACCAGUUUAGAGUGGAUUAUAUCAAGAGCAUCGCACCGCUGUCGGACUUUGAAUACACAGAGGAGUUCUUUGAGCAUGCUCAGAAGCUGUGGGAGGAUGACGGCGUGAAGGCGUGUUUUGAACGCUCCAAUGAGUAUCAGCUCAUUGACUGUGCUAAGUACUUCCUGGAUAGGUUGGACGCCGUCAGGAGGACAGACUACACACCUACUGACCAGGAUUUGUUGCGCUGCAGAGUUUUAACCUCUGGGAUCUUUGAGACCAGGUUUCAAGUCGACAAGGUCAACUUCCAUAUGUUUGAUGUAGGAGGACAGAGAGACGAACGUAGGAAGUGGAUUCAGUGCUUCAAUGAUGUAACAGCGAUCAUCUUCGUGGCGGCGAGCAGUAGCUACAACAUGGUGAUCAGAGAGGACAACUCCACCAACCGGUUGAGAGAAAGCCUCGACCUCUUCAGAUCCAUCUGGACCAAUAGGUUCCUAAAGACGAUCUCAGUGAUCCUGUUCUUGAACAAACAGGACGUCCUUGCUGAUAAGAUUCUGGCAGGGAAAUCUAAACUGGAAGAUUAUUUCCCCGAAUACGCAAACUACCAAGUACCUGCUGAAGCUGUUCCAGACGCUGAUGAAGACCCCAAAGUGACCCGAGCCAAGUUCUUCAUCAGAGACGAGUUUCUGAGGAUCAGCACGGCGAGCGGCGAUGGCAAACAUUACUGUUACCCUCACUUCACCUGCGCGGUCGACACUGAAAACAUUCGCCGUGUCUUCAAUGACUGUCGUGACAUCAUCCAGCGCAUGCACCUGCGUCAGUACGAGCUGCUUUGAUUGGCUGCUGGGAGCCUACCUGGCCCCGCCCACUCAUGAACAUAGACUUGUGACCUGAAGGCUAAUGUGGUAGCUAAUCGAUGCUAAUAGGUGAUCAAUACGGAUGAGUCAUUUAUCCCUCGGCUGAUUAUCUAAUGUCUUUCCUGCUGUUGUCUCUUCCUGCUGUUGUCUGGUGCAGAGGAUUGUGGGAAGUGUAGUUUUAUGGGGUGGGUGCAGAGGACGGGGGUUUCCUGUUGUGACUACCAGCUGACCUCAUGUGCAGUUUAGCAGAUUUUAGGAAAUAUUUUUAGAAAGUUUUAUAACAUAAGAAUAUUUUCAGUUUAUACUUAUCUUUCCUCUGAUUGGCUGAUCCAGACUGUGGCUUGGUCCCAUUUGUAAUAUUAACCCAUCAGUUUCAGUGCCCUUUGGAGUUACAGGUGUAGUCGUGAAAUUUUUCCACAUAAAAUGGGACGACCCUUCAGGUUCCAGACAUCAGUAGUCGAUGACCGCAUUUAUGGACAGAGACGAGAGAACCGGACAAUCUACCACCGGGGAUUUUUUAAAAUUAGACCUUCAGAAAUAUGUCUAAAUGUCUUCUAUUUAUAGUGUUUUAUUGUUAUUUUAGCUAGUACGUAUUAAUCUUCUUCUUAGAUCUUUGUCCCCCGACCAAUAUAUAUUAUUAUUGCUGAUGAUUCCCAAGCAAUCAGGGAGAUUUCCUAUAGUACUGGUUUUAGAAAGUUCCCCUCCAGUUGACGGUCCACGAAGACCGAGACCUUCAAGCUACCCCUCCAUUCAACAGGAUUUAGGACACACUAAAUGUGAACGGGGAUUAGGACUACGUUUACGGGACUGAGCCAGUAAUGACAUUAUGUACUUUAUCAGACAUGUAAAAAUUAAAUUUGUCCCUAAAAAAUCAAAAAAGAACAUUUAUUUAAGAGAAAGCUGCUGUGUGUGCUUUUUAAAUUUUAAAAUUCUAUAUUUCUGUAUAAUCUUGAUUACGGCUGACAGCUCAGAACAUCUAAACUGCACCUCCUCUGAAUACUGGAGGGUUGUGGAAAGGUCCAAUCAGCAACGGUUUCCUGAGCGUUCAUUCUCUGGUUCAGUUCACAAUCAUGGGGAAGACUGCUGACUGGACUCUCACCGACACCUCCACAAGCAGGGGAGGCCACAGAAGGGGUGCAGCUGGAGAAUGACUGCCUCAGUCCUUUUUAUCACUUCUUCUUAACCCCGAUGAAAACCAUCACAGGGUCAGGGAAAGGUGGGAGUGAGAGGAUAGGGAAGGAGGGGCGCGGUGAUUCGGGAAUUCAGCUUCACUCUACCUAGGCGGAGGUUAGGGGCGUGACGGAGGAUUACCAUGUAGAAAACUACAAAUGAAAUGUGAAAACCUCUGUGAUAAAUAUGAGCUCACACGUUUUUUUAUUAUGUUCCCACAGUCAGUAUGACUCUGAAUAUUCAGGUUCUCAUAUCUUGUAAAAAUAAGUGUGAUUUUAUUCUCUACCUCCCCGUUCUUUCUCUCAUUAUCUCUCUUUUCUGUUAAUAUUGAAGUCUGUCUGGUUCUGUCUUUCAGCUGGUUGUUAGA